AUGGGUUCCUUAAGCACUCGCCGACCGGUGCGAAUUGGCAAUGCCAUGGGCGCUGUCACUGACCUUCCCGAGAACAUGAGCGUCCUUGCUGAACGCAGAGACAUCGACUUCAUCGUCGGUGACUGGAUGUCCGAGUAUAAUAUGUCAUCGCGUGGGUCGCUGAAGGCAGCAAGAACUGGACAAAUCAGUACGGAGUCGGAAGACGCCUUUGAAGUCAACUUUCUGGAAUCCGUGGAGCCGGCGUUGGCCGACAUUGCGCGGAACGGAAUUAAAUUGGCCGUGAAUGCUGGAGCUAGCGACACGGAGAGGUUGCAUGACCGGCUCGUCGAGCUGAUUUCUCAGAAGAAUCUGGACCUGAAGGUCGGUUGGGUGGAGGGCGACGAAGUCUAUGAGGCCAUCUUGAAAUGUCGGAAAGAGGGCUACAAGUUCCGCAACAUCACCACUGGCCAACAACUGGAUUCCUGGGAGUUCGACCCGAUCUAUGCACAAUGCUAUCUAGGUUGCUGGGGUAUUGUCGAAGCCUUCCGCAACGGCGCAGACAUUGUGGUCUGCGGUCGGGUGGCUGAUGCAGCACCGACAAUGGCUGCUGCGGCGUUUUGGCACGGCUGGACGCGUGACUCUUACGCUGAGCUCGCCCAUGCUCUCGUCGCAGGCCACAUGAUUGAGUGCUCAUUCUAUGUUACGGGAGGGAAUUUCACAGGCUUCAAAUCCUUGCGCAGAUCGACCACCCCUCUCCUAAGCCUACCGAUUGCGUCCGUACAGCACGAUGGCACAUUCCACAUAGGAAUGGAGGAUCGUCCAGACCGUGGAGGUGAAGUCUCCCUUGACACAUGUCGGUCACAGCUGCUUUACGAACUUCAGGGGAAACGGUACUACAAUUCAGACGUGGUCGCCAUUCUUGACCAGAUCAAAAUGGAGCAAGCGGCUCCUAAUUCCGUUUACGUUUACAACAUUGGCUUCGAGAAACCGCCCCCUACUACCAAAGUAGGCAUCACUGCAAAGGGGGGAUAUCAGGCAGAGGUUCAUUACUACCUGGCCGGACUGGACAUUGCUCAAAAGGCGAGCAUGCUCGAGGAGCAAUUGCGGUAUUGCUUGGACACGGAGAAGUUUCACACUCUGAAAUUCACGACCACAGGAAGUUGUGCCCAGAAUCCAGGCAGCCAGGAUGCUGCGACAGUUGAUUUGCGCAUCUUUGCGCAGGCACGCACCGAGGAGGCUCUUGCCCCGGCCAAGUUCUUGAAACCGUGCCUAUGUAUUGUCAUGUCGGCCUACCCUGGCGCCACUUUCGGCAUGGAACACAGACCGGGUCUACCCAAGCCGUACUACGAAUACUUCGUCACCACUGUGCCACAAAGUCUGAUCAAGCACGUUGCGCACUUACCUUUUGCGGACAAGUCGAUCGCGAUUGACACUCCGACAGACACCGUGGACUAUGUGCCUGAACAGGAAAUCGAAGAGGCGGUCGACCCAAUGCCACUCGAGAGCUUCGGUCCCACCGUCACACUUCCCUUAGGCACCAUCGUCCAUGCACGAUCCGGCGACAAGGGCUCCGAUGCGAACGUCGGCUUCUUCGUACAUUCCGAGGACGAAUACGAGUGGCUGAGAUCUUUGCUGUCCGUCCAGUGUCUGAAGAGCCUCCUGCAAAACAGCUACAAUGGCAAACGCGUUGAACGCUUCGAGCUGCCUCAUAUCAAAUCCGUUCACUUCCUCCUGAAGGAUCAUCUGGAUCGUGGUGUUGCAGCCAGCUCAUCGUAUGAUGCACUCGGGAAAAACUUGGCUGAGUAUCUACGGGCGAAGCACGUACAGAUCCCCAUGGUCUUCGUGUCUCGAGGAUCGAUAUGACGUUCGUCUUGGGAGCAACGGUGGGGACAUACUGUACUAUAGUCUCAUGGGUGAAUCGUGUAAUUUGGCGCUAAGGUGCCAUUCG